GCUAGGCGGCCCGGCGCAGGCUCGCUGUGGGCAGAGAGCGGGCAGACAGGGAGGAUGCGGAGGCCUGGCAGUCCCACAACAACAACACAUCUAUCAUCCACCCGGGGCGACUAGGCCGGUCCGGGCUAUGGCUGCACCUAUUGCACAUUUCGACGACGACUGGCCGAACCUGGGUGAUCCGAGCAUGGUGUCACAGGAAGGGCUGCUGCCGCAGAAAGGCCGUGUCGCCGCCGCCGUGAGCGAAGCGGCACCCGAGUCGCUCCUGUUUGGCGGUGAUGAUGAUGAUGAUCUGCACGACAGCAGCUUCUCCCCUAGAGAGAACGCGGGGUUCCGGUCCAUGGAGGAUCUGGUGAACGAUUUCGAUGAGAAGUUAACGACGUGCUUCCAAAAUUUUGACGCCAAGACGGAGAGCAUCGCUCCCGUGGCCGUGAUCGCCGAGGACACGCUGCUGGAGAAAGACGAAAUCUGGAACACUCUGACGGCUAACUACGGACAUGUGAUGCCGGUGGACUGGAAACGUUCUCGAACGCGCUCCCUCCACGUUCCCACAAUCAACCUGGAGGAGAAACCCAGAAAGGCAGAUGUCGCGUUGGAGCUGUCUGACGAUGAGGAGCUCAGGGAUCAGCUAGACAUGCACUCCAUCAUUGUUUCCUGCAUCGCAGAGGAGCCCCUUUUCACAGCAGAGCAGGUUAUUGAGGAGAUAGAGGAAAUGAUGCAGGACUCUCCUGACAUGGAGGCAGAGCAUAAUCCGUCACAGUCGGACCUGUCGAUGCUCUCUGUGGACGUUCAGCAGCCCAACAGCUGCCCUGACUACGAGGAGAGGAUGAAAGCCUUGAGCAUUGCAGAGCUGAAUGAGCGUCUGGAGGAGACUGAAAUGAAGAUCAGGAGGUUUUCAGAGGAGCUGGUUCAGCAGCUGGCUCUCAGGGAUGAGCUGGACUUUGAGAAAGAGGUGAAGAACAGUUUCAUCUCAGCCCUCAUCGACGUGCAGAACCGGCAGAAGGAGUACCGCGAGGCGCUCAAGAAGAAGAAGAAGCUUAAAGGUGGAGCUGGGACAUCGCAAGGUCUUCCGGAGAAAACAUCUCGCUUCAGCAUGGAGGGGAUCUCCUCUGUUAUCCAAAACAGUUUCCGUCAAACUUUUGGGAGCGGGUGCAGUGAGAGACAGUAUUUGACCACAGUCAUCCCUUACGAGAAGAAGGGACAUCCUCCUUCGAUUGAAGACCUCCAGAUAUUGACCAAAAUUCUGCAAGCUAUGAGAGAUGAUAGUGACAAGGUGCCCAGCCUCCUAACAGACUACAUUCUCAAAGGUGAGCUUUCCUCUUGUGUUGUUACACAGGGUGCUUUACAUUUGAAGUAAAAUAACAUCACAGAGAGACUCCCAAAAAUCCCGUGUUGGCAGUAUGUCUGCAUAUGUCAUCCUUGCUCCACAUAACCCAAAAGAUCAAUAGCAGUCAAUUAUUACUGUGCUGAUGAUGUAAGCUCAAAGGGACGCGGCAGCGGUUAUAUAUGCUGCAACCACAUGUUGUAAAUCAUUGAUGCUCAAAUUCGUUUGAUUUCAGUUCAUUACAAAAUCCUCUGAAAGCUUCAACGUGAGUUUUUAACUCCAAGCUAGACUGUGAGAGUUUUCCUGCAUCUAAGCAAGCCUUUAGGGGGUGACUUUGGCCUGUGUACAGUGAUGAAAACGGGUCUUCUCUAUUACCCCAUUAAAGCAUCGUCCCUUUAUGUGUCGCCUUUUGAUAUGCCUGUUGUGGAGUUGGCUUAAAGUUUUUCGGAGACGUAAUAAAACCUGAUUGUGUAAAAGUCCAAAUUUAACAUCUGGUUUCUUGCUGGUAAAUCUUCAUUAAGUAUUUUGAACACACCAGCAGAUCCUUCAAAAUCACUUUCAGACUGUAAUGAAAUCAGCAAUAAAUUUGGAAAAUUACUUUUGGUACCACUUUUAUAAUAGGGUCUGAACUAAGGGUGUAAUUCAACCGGAAUUUACUGGAAUUAAUAUAAUUUAGUCUGAAAUUACAGUGUGAUUAUGUUAAUCUACAUAUACUUAUGGGUGAAUGAACUACAAUAAGGAGUGUAUCAACAGAGUAUAAGUAGUCAAGUUUUUACUGGAAAAAUGUUUUACUGCAAGUAAUUUCAUUGUAAUUUUACAGGAGAAAACACAUUAUAUACGAAGUAAGAAAAAUUAUAUAGUAAGUACAUAGUAACUCAUUUUAAGUAGUGCGUGAAUUACUUGAAGUAGUGCAAAAUUCAUUGUAAGAGGUGUGUUACUUCCAGGUAAGUUUGCGGAAGAGUGUAGUGUAGUGGCUUUUGUGUAGAAAACACAAAAUAAACCAAAGAUAUGACUGAAAUGUACAAAUGAAAAACAAACCUAAAAGUAUUCAUAGCUAAAAAGAACAGUUUAUUCUUGUUGUGGAUAUGCAUUAAAAUGAUUCUAUUAGUCUUUUUUCACUCAUAUUAAUCAGGUUUUUCACCCCUCAGUCAUAAAAGGCUAAUGGGGUUAAAAUGCUUCACCCUGCCCGGUGGAUGGGUGGGUGGCAUGAACGCCCAAGUCUGUAAAUGCAAUAAUCACUGACUCCAUCACUAUACGACUUCACGGGCCUUGAUGGACGUCCUGCGAUGUUUGGUGGAGUUUGUUUUUUCUUGUAAUGUUAUAUAACAGGGCAGGUGAAUAGUGGAACAUCCAUAAAGCAAAAAGACGAGUUCAGUGCACCACUGCUUACAGUUACUUACACACUAUUUAAAAUUGCUCUCAGUAUAAUUUGAGUGUCCUUUCCUGUAAAAACCUGAAGUGUUACCCUUUUAUUCUGCACUGUGUACUGGAUGAGGAUUCGUAGGUAAAUAUAAUUACAUUGUAAUUUCAAAUAAAAUACACUGAAAUCCCAUUUAAUUUUUGGUGAAUUACACCCUUAGCAAUGGGUCAUAUUUUAAAAAUGCUACUUGAAUUGUAAACACUGUGCACAUGAUGUUUACCGAGUACAGAGCUUUAGUAUCUCUAAAUAUUUGCAGUCUGUCCUUUUGACUGUGUCGUCCACAUUUCACUUUCUGUUUCAUGUCUUUAUUUUUUCUUCCCGCAUUUCUUUUGUGCUAUUCUUCAAAACAAAUCGCUGCCCCACAC